AUGACAAAUCAUCAAGAUGAUCCUGAAGGUUAUUCAUUUUCAUUGAGUAAUGAAACUUUGCCUGUACUGAAAUUUGGGGGCAAAAUAAUUGAGGUGGGCUCAAUUAUGUGGUCAGAAAGGUCUGGAAGGCUGUGGAACGAAGCAUUUUUUGCUGGAGGUAAGUGAGAUCUCCAGAACCAAAGGGAACACACAGUUCAUUUUAAAAUUGAGGAUGUUUAUGCUCAGGAUGAAACUGGAUUCCAUCUGGGCAAGAGAUGUGCUUAUGUACACAAAGUAAAAAACAAGACAGUGACUCCUGGUAGCAAACCUAACAAAACUACAGUGACCUUGGGAAAGGUGACCCGCGCCCAUGGAAGCAGAGUCAUGGUUCGAGCUAAAUUCCCAGGCAACCUUGUUGUUAAGGUGAUUGGUCACAGAAUUCGCAUGAUGCUGUACCCCUCAAGGAUUUAA